GUUUUUCGUAUACAAUACAUUUUUCGACUCGAAUAAGACGCACACGACAUAUUACUGUUAUCUGGUCGUGCCGCAGAAGAUAUGUCUAUAAUCUAAGCACACAUUCACAUUUAGUCAAAUAUAAUUAUAAUCAGCAGUUGACUAAUCACUAUUAGUGUAAAUGAUGAAUGGUUUUACUCAUAUCGAAAGCAAAAGUGCCACACCCGAUUAUUUUUGUUUGCUCGCUGUGUGCUUUAUAGGUCUAUGAUUAUAUUAAAUAAUUUUUUAGUUGUAAGACUCCAAGAAGUAUUUAUAUUAUUGUAUCGUACUCACAAAUAGCAGUGCCAUUUUUUUUAUAUCCAUUGUAACCGAGAAGAUCCUCAAGACAAAUGUAUUAUUAUGUUUAGCACAGGGUCAACUAACCUUUGCUAAUAUAGCGUGUAUAGUAAAUUGUUUGUGUCACAACUAUUAUCAGUUCAAAAUACAUUUUAGGAUAAGAUUUUAGCAAUGCAAAAUACGAAGCAAAUUCCGGAACCCAGUCAAUGUGAACCUGCUAAAUACGAAUAUAAGAAAUCGUCGUAUGCGGACAUUUAUGAUGUGCUACAAUCCCUACGCAGAGAUGAGGUUCUUUGUGAUAUUAAACUAGAAACAGACAAUGGUGGAGUUAUAUUCGGCCACAAAGUAGUUCUAGCAUCGGCUAGUCCAUAUUUCCAUGCAAUGUUCACAAAUUUUUCAGAAAAAAAUCAAGAUCUAGUUACUAUCAGACAGUUGGACUAUAGUGCCCUACAGCUCUUAAUAGACUUUAUUUAUUCUGGAAAAAUCUCGAUCACUGAAACAAAUGUACAGAUUUUGUUGCCUGCAUCGAAUCUUUUGCAGUUACAAGAAGUCAAAAACGCAUGUUGUGAUUUUCUGCAGGCACAACUAUGUCCUACAAAUGUUAUUGGGAUAAAUGAUUUAGCUGAUUUACAUAGCUGUACGACAUUGUUAACAAGCUCAGAAUUUUAUAUUCAACAACACUAUUUAGAUGUGGUAGAAGAGGAAGAAUUUCUGUCCUUGUCAUCGGAACAAAUGGUUAAGUUGAUCUCUAGUGAUGAACUUACAGCUUCAUCUGAAGAAAAAAUAUUUGAAAGUGUUAUUCGAUGGGUUAAACAUGAUUUGGAUUCCAGAAAACAAAUGUUGCCCCAAUUAAUGGAACAUGUGCGUUUACCAUUAACAUCGAAAGAUUACAUAUUAAAAAAUGUAGUUGACGAACCUCUUCUUCUUAAUUGUUCUAAAUGUAAAGAUUACGUAUUUGAAGCAUUACGUUUUCGUUUACUUAAAUCAGAAGAACUUAUCACAAUUCCACAUAACAUCCGGACAAAACCUAGACAGCCUGGUGGUACACACAAAGUUAUUUUAGUGGCUGGAGGACUAGGGAUCAAUCACAGCAUUUUAAAUAGUACAGAAUGGUAUGACCCAAAAAUCAACAAAUGGCAGUAUGGACCAAAAAUGAUUACACCCAGUUUGGGUGGUGGUCUAGCUGUAGUAAAUGAUAAUUGUUUGUUAUAUUUGGGUGGUAGAAAUACUGAAUCAAUUUUUCAGUCUGUUCAUGGGCUAGAUUUAACUUCAGAAUCACCUCGUUGGAAACCAACCUACGACAUGUUAGUUAAACGAUGGGGGUUUGGAGUUGGUGUGAUAAAUAAUUAUAUAUAUGCCGUUGGUGGCAGUGAUGGCGAACAUUUUUUAAUCAGUGCAGAAGUGUUUGACUGCAGGACUCGAGAAUGGAAUACGAUACCUAAUAUGUCUACUAUGCGUGCUGGUCACGGCCUUGGAGUGCUGAAUAAUCUUUUAUAUGCGGUAAAAUAUUUAUUACUUCAUGAUUUUAAAUUUGUAAUAGUUACAUUUUUUAUAAUUGUAAUCGGAAUAAAUAAAGUCUCCCGAGGAAAAUCACGGAGUACAUCCCCAAAAUUAAAUAUUUUUAUAGCUUAAAAUUGUAAAUGAACAUAAAAAAUAUACUUAUUCAAAUACUUGUUUAAAUACCAGCCUAGUCCAAAGAUUUAAUAAUUAGUUGGG